UCUCUCACUUUUCCUCUGGUCUUCCUGACACAGUCAAUAUUUCAGUGACAGGGUUGAUCAGUUCAUCACCACCGGAACAAGAACGUAUCACCUCUAUCGUUCCUUCUUCUCCUUUGGGCGUGGAGAAACAGCUGCAUUCUUCUCUACCGAAACAGUCCACAUGCCGCUGAAAAGCCUUGUCGGAGCCUUCAAGCACCGCCGCGAGUCACCGUUGCUUUUUCAUCGACACCACGAAGUGAAUCCCGCAACAGAGGCACAGAAAAUUGAUAGGAUCAUUGAAAAGUUUGCUGAACGUUACUACAAAUGUAAUCCAAAGGCCUUUUCUAGUGCUGACACUGCUUAUGUCCUUGCCUAUUCCGUUAUAAUGCUUAAUACUGAUGCUCACAAUCCCAUGGUGAAGAAUAAGAUGUCUCCUGAUGAUUUCAUAAGAAAUAAUCGUGGCAUUGAUGAUGGAAAAGAUCUGCCUGAGGAAUACUCGAAGUCCUUAUUUGAUAAAAUAUCUAGAAAUGAAAUAAAAAUGAAUGAAAAUGAUGAGGCUCCUCAACAAAAAACAGGUUGUGAGCCCUAAUCGACUCUUAGGGUUGGAUAGUAUAUUGAAUAUUGUGAUCCGUAAACGUGGUGAAGAGA